AUGGCCGCGAAUUCAGCAACCCGUUCAGGCGGUAAUGGGGCCAAGAAGACCUGCCAGUUCAAGUUGGUGUUAUUGGGCGAAUCUGCAGUCGGUUGGUUAUUUUCACAUUUCUGUUAUGCGUUUUUAGAUGUUUUGAGGUUUUCAAGGCUAUUGGGAAAUCAAACGCGACUUUAUCAUCGUCUUCCUCCGUGUUUUUUCAUCGGAAUAGUUUUAUUUUUUCAGGAAAAUCGUCAUUGGUUUUGAGAUUUGUGAAGGGACAGUUUCACGAGUACCAAGAGUCGACGAUUGGUGCCGCAUUUUUAACUCAAACCAUAUCAGUUGACGACAAUACUGUUGUCAAAUUCGAAAUUUGGGAUACAGCAGGACAGGAACGGUACCAUUCAUUGGCUCCCAUGUACUAUCGAGGAGCACAAGCCGCAAUUGUUGUUUAUGAUAUUACUAAUCAGGUAACUGCCAUGUUGUCUUUUUUAUUUGAAUGACAUCGUUUAGGAGUCGUUUGCUAAAGCCAAGAAUUGGGUAAAAGAGUUGCAGCGACAAGCGAAUCCGAACAUUGUGAUCGCCCUGUCUGGAAACAAAGCUGACUUGGCAGCAAAAAGAGUGGUCGAAUAUGAGGUUUGUUUAUAUCUCAUUUCAUUUAAUUCUUGGUUUAGGAAGCACAGGCAUACGCAGAAGAUAAUGGUCUGUUAUUUAUGGAAACCUCCGCGAAGUCCUCGAUGAAUGUCCAGGACAUUUUCUUAGCAAUUGGUAAGACUCUUUGUAUAGCGUGUAAAUUAAUAUGGAGAAAAUGGAACGUUAUUUUAAACUUUGUAAUAGUGAACUGUUUUGAGACGUUAUUUUCGGGGUUUGGAGCAAAAUAUGUCGAUUAAAACAAAUUUUUUUAGCUCGAAAACUGCCGAAGAAUGAGGGAGGCGGCGGUCCCGCAGGCCGUGGCCAUGGUGGAGUGAAUAUAAGUGAUGAGCCAGCCCCGUCUAACAAGACAUCUUGCUGUUCUAAAGCUUGA